AUGCACCAGAGUGCCAAACUCACCGGGCGUUCUCUGUCGCAUCCGGGGUGCAGUGUGUCCCAAGAGACCAGUUUCAUGCGCAGGAGAAUGUAUUCGUUAUUCAUGCGCAGGACCAAACUGGUUCACCAUGACAGCGUCUCUGGCCAUGCGCCACAUCCUGCUCAGAAUUUCCUAGCCAAACAUGCAGUUCCAGAGUUCGCCACAACAUUGCAGAAUCUGACAGUCGCAGCCGGACGCGAAGCCAGACUGUCAUGCGUCGUUGAAAACCUGGGCAUGCACAAGGUUAGGCAGAGCAUGAGAUGUUACUGUCUUAUGUGUGUUUAUGUUCGGUGCAUGAGUUUAAAUGGCUGGUUUCCCCCGACUAUCACUGAGCCUCCCACUGACGUCACCGUUUCUGAAGGAGAUGACGUCACGCUAAAGUGCGGAGCGACAGGUGACCCAGAACCCGUGCUGACCUGGCGGCGAGAGGACGGGGCAGCCUUCUCGUUGAACCACACUCAAGUGCUGGAGGCGGCGGGGUCUCAGCUCACGUUGUCGUCGGUGACCCGUGAAGACACCGGAGCGUUCCUUUGUGUGUCCUCCAACGGAAUUCCCCCAGCGGUGUCGGCUCGCGCUCAAGUCUUCGUGAAAUACCGGCCUGAGAUCAUCGGAGGGUCGGGUGUGGUGUGGGCGGAGGUGGGGAACAAAGCCACGCUGGAGUGUAGGUACCGGGCCUGGCCUCGGCCUAAGGUCAUCUGGACGAGGAAUGGCGUUGUUAUGGGUGGCGCCGUAGAAAGUGUGCAUGCUAAUGGAUAUGGAACUUCUAUUCUGGUAUUGAACACAAUCGAGACAGACAGUUUCGGUCACUACCACUGCACUGUCAAAAACGAUCUCGGAGAAAACACCACUACAUUGACGCUUGUGGAACUCUCCACAACGACAACGACCACAACGACAACUACUACUACCACCACCACCACCACGACCACAACGCCGUCACCGCAGCCGACCAUCAACCAAAAAUACCUUUACGACGGCCAGAUCGACGGAAUGGCGCUGGAGAAGAAAACCUCCUUCAUCUCCCCAGCCACAUCCUCUUCGUCAUCUUGGCAACGUGAAGUAAAGCGCUCUCCCCCCCCUCCUCCCCCCCCAGGCCCCACCAACUCCCCCGGACCCUCAGGCACAGACGCCGCCCCUCACCGCUACGUACAGGACGCCGCCCCGCCCAGCGACCCCCGCCCCCGCCCACUCUACCCGGAACCCUUAAUGUAUUUGGAGUGUCCCUUGAUAUAUUGA